CAACAACGCGCUCACGCAGUAAAAAAAAAAUGGAUAAUGCAGUAUAUGAAACAUUGUUGAGAGUAGCUAAUCCUGAUGGAGCGAUUCGACAAGCAGCUGAAAAUCAAUUGAAAGAGCUUGCUGUUCAGCCUGAGUUCCCUAUCAGUUUAGCCAAGCUGACCGUGUCUCAGCAGUUCCCAGUACCUCAACGUCAAUUGGCUGCAGUUACACUCAAGAGCUAUGUUACAACACAUUGGUCGUCAAAGAACGACGACAAGUUUAUCGGACCUGAGGCUCCUCCAGAGGCCAAGGCUGCUGUUCGAGAAAUCAUUAUUACCGGCCUUCAGGAUCCAGAAUCAAAAAUUCGAGUUGUCAGUGCCUAUGUUGUAUCAAAGAUCGCCCAUGACGAUUUUCCCGAAGACUGGCCACAGUUGUUUGAUAUCUUGUUGAAUUAUUUAAAAGGAAGUAAUACAGAUAGCGUUCAUGGCGCAAUGCAUGUUUUGUUGGAAAUGGUCAAGAAAGAUAUCAGUAUUCAACAGCUGCCUCAAAUUGGACCUGUCUUGAUUCCCGAAAUGUUUCGUAUUUUGACAUCUGAUAACGCUUAUUCAUUCAGCACAAGAGGAAGAGCCGUUGAUAUAUUUACCAGUUGUGUCGAGAUGUUAUCAACCUUGCGUGCAGAGAAUCCUACACUAGCUGACCAAUUUAUCGCGCCUAUUAUCCCUCAAUGGCUUGAAGCCUAUGUCGUCAUUUUAAACCAUCACGUUCAAGACGAUCCCAAGAGAGCAACAGAGGAAUACGGACUAAAGAUGAAAGUGGUCAAGUGUAUCUGCAGCAUCAGCGCCGAAUUUCCUAAAUACAUCUCUGCCAACUUGCCUAAGCUGUUUGAACCCAUCUGGACAGAAUUAUACAGCUUAAAGGAACGAUAUGUUGCCGAAUUUAUCAGUGAUUCUGGAGAGAUUGGUGAGACCUUUGCUGACUCGGACGGUAACGAGAUUGGAUUCCAGAACCUACUGUAUGCCCUGUUUGACUUUGUAGCUGGUGCAUGCAAUAAAAAGACGGUUCGAGAACUCUUUAUCAAGGACGGUACGACGACACCGUUCUUUGAACAGUUGCUUUACGUUUACAUCAUCUAUAUGCAGAUCACCCAGGAACAGGUCGAGAUGUGGUCCAUGGAUGCCAACCAAUACGUUGCGGACGAAGAGGACGGUACUUACACAUUCAACGCUCGUGUUGCCUCCAUCGAUGUACUCUUAUCCUUACAAGAAGCCUUCCCGGUUCCUUUCUUCCGUGCCCUGACGGUAGCCGUGCAAAGACAUAUUGCAGAAUCCAAUGAAGUCAGAGCGGCUGGAAACGGUGAUUGGUGGAAGAUUCAAGAGUCUUGCUUAUUGGCCGUCGGCCGUCUUUCUGAAGAACUGACCGAUGCCCUGGCUGAUCCUGCCAAGAAUGUUCAGUUCGAUCUCAAGAGUUUAUUUGACCAUGUCGUACUCGAAGACAUGAAGGCCUCAGAAUAUCCUUUCUUACAGGGCCGUGCUUUUGUAUUUGCCUCUGAAUUUGCCAAGGUUUUACCAACCGAGAUGGCAAGUCAAUACGUGUCUGUGGCGGUUCAUGCUCUGCAGUCGCCUACCAGCGGAAUCCCUGUCAAGAUUUCAGCUUUAAGAGCGUUGAACAACUAUUGUAAAUACUUGAACGCAGUGUACAUUUCCAACUAUCAAGUUCAAAUUAUGGAAGGCACAUGCUUACUAUUGUCUAAUGCCACAGAAGAAUCAUUGAUGCUUCUGCUCGAUACAUUGGGUUCUGCUAUCAAGAUCAAUCAAGAAGUAACAGCUAAAUACGAUCAAAUUCUGACACCUGCCAUUUUGCAAGUAUGGCAAAAGUAUGCUUCUGACUCUAUUAUCACCAGCUAUAUUCUUGAUUUGUUUGAAGAGUUGGCAAAAAACAGUUUCUAUUAUGCUGCUUUGUGCCAAACAGCGCUUCCAUUCAUUCGACAAGUCUUUACCACACCCAACACCGACCCUGUUGUCCAAGCAUCUGCUAUUGAUUUAUUGACGGCCAUGACCGCAUUUGGACCAUCUCCUUUGCCCAGAGAGUUUACUGAACAAAUGUUUCCUGAAUUGAUGCAAUUGGUCUGGAACGUGCAUGAUAUCGAUGUACAUCAAAGUGCACAAGAGUGCCUGAAGAAGUUGAUUAGUAAAGACUGUGAACAUUUACUGCAAUGGCAUGACGGUUCUGGUAAAUCAGCUCUGGAUUAUAUUAUGCACUUUAUUGCUCGAUUGCUUGAACCCACUGGCUCCGACUCGGAUGCUCUCUUUGUAGGUGAUCUUAUUGUGACCUUGAUUCAAAAGGCUGGUAACAGUAUAGCUCCUGUCUUGCCUGAUGUCUUGACUGCCGUACUCGGCCGUUUGAUGAAUACAGACUCCCAGCCAUUUAUUCAAUCCCUUGUCAUGAUCUUUGCACACUUGAUCAUCUCUCAACAAGAGACUGUAUUCAACUACCUGUGUAAUAUACAAAUUAGCGGAAAGAGCGGAUUAGAGAUCUUGAUGACUACUUGGUGUGAUAACUAUGACAGUUUCUCUGGUUACUAUACAUUGAAAGUCAGUGCUGUUGCAUUGUCCAAGAUGUUCCUUGCCAAUGAUCCUAGACUUCAAAAUAUUCAUGUCAAGGGUGAGAUUGUCGUCAAUCCUAAUGGAGGCAUUGUCACUCGCUCAAGAGCUAAAAAGAACCCUGAUCAAUAUACAGCAAUUCCUGUGCCUGCCAAGAUUAUCAAGCUUUUGAUUGCGGAUACAACCAACACGUUACUGGCUGAUCAACAUCCUAUUGAAGACGCCGAGUCUGUUGGCGAUGACGAUGAAACGGCAGAAUGGGAGGAUGUUGAAGAUGAUCUGUUUGCUACUCGCAAUGAUAUCAACUAUCUGUCCGACAUGUUGGCCAAUAUUGAAAAUAAUGAUGACGAAGAAGAUAAUCCUGACCUGAAAAACGAUCCUAUUUAUCAAACAGACAUGAAAGUGUACUUGACUGAUUUCUUACGGAACUGCCAUGUACACAACAUCAACCAUUUCAACGAGAUUUGUACUAGUCAGCUAAACCAAGAAGAAAAGGAUACUUUAAAUUACAUCCUUGGUUAAUAAUAUAAUA